UGCUGAGAUAAUGUGAUGGAGGUCCAGUCACCAAUGAGCUUAAGGAAGUGUUUCCUGUUUGUCCUCUUGACUACAGUCUUUCGCUCGGUAGGAAACCAGGCCGAGCAUGGACAGCCCGUGCAGCGGGUGCAGGUGCAGGUGAAGCUGGGGGACACGGCUGUUUUGCCCUGCAAUGUCUCGGCGCACAUGAACGGUGAAACAGAGGACGGCUUGUACAUCCGGUGGGACACUAAUGAUGGACUCGUCUGUGAGUUCACUGAGGGAAAAUCCCACCCUCAUGGUGACUACCGCAACCGAACUGAGAUUUCCAAGGAGGAGAACUCAAAGCAUCUGUACCACCUCAUCAUUAACAAAACCAGGUUAUCGGACAAUGGAAAGUUCUAUUGUAUACUGGGCAAGCCAGAUUUAUUUAUUUUUGGUGUCGCGAGUGUUCAGCUUAUUGUUCAAGGUCUGGUGGAGAAUCGCGAACUGCACGAAGGCGAGAACCUCUCCAUUCCUCUCUGCUGCUUGAGCUCGCCCUACAUCGAAUUCUGUGGACCGGCAGGGAACUCCACUGCGGACGGAGUGUGCCAGGGGCACAUGGAGAGGCUUACUGUGCAGAACGGAUCCCUGACACUGAGCAACUUCACUGCAAAGGAUCAAGGGAAGUACAUUGUACGGGAGAAAAUGGGAGGAAGAACCAUCCUGACCCUCACUCUCAAAACCAAAACCAUACCUUUUGGAAACCAAAGCACAGGUAAGAGGUGUAUCCGUAUUUAAUCAAAUCAGAUCAAGUCAAUUUUUUACAGAAAAGGAGACUCUUUAUAGAAUAGCAGAAAAAGAGCAGAAACCAGGCCUGAACCCCCAGAUAGCACAGUACAUAUGGUAAAAAAAAACUCCCCAGUGGGGAGAAAAACCUUCAAAUGGUGACGAGAAAAAAACUCCCUGAUGGGAAGGAAUCUCAGGAAGAACUCACCUAUAGAGGGGGAGCCCAAUGCACUAAAGAAAAAAGUUGCACACUGCCUGCACCUGUUCUGAGUGUAUUUAAUGACACAUAAAACACCAGGUGUGUUCCUGCUUUGUUUUAUUUCCAAUGCUUUCUUUCUGUUCCAGACUGGCGCUUUAUUGUUGGGGUAAUAGCAGGAAUAUGUGUGCUACUACUACUACUAGUACUACUAGUGCACAUUUCAGUGUGUGCUAUUAAACUGUACACCGAAAGAAAGAUGGAGCGGGAAACGAGGAGAGCAGAGCAGCCUGAAGAGCAGUUCCCCUUAAGAGAUUAAUUCAUCUGGGGACGUGGAGGAGAAGUGAAGACGUCUGUCCUCAUCGUCAGUGGUUGUGCAGGUCAGCAGGGAUCCGCUGUGGUGAUUUCGGUGCUUGUGUCCCAGGACAAGGUGAAAGGUCACCGCCAUCUUGUGUGUGUGAAGCCAUGGAUGCGUCCCAAAAAUGAAAAAAAAUGCAUCCUCCUUUCCUCCACCACCUCAUCGUCUCCUCCCUGCCCCAGAAACCGUUCUGUGUGUCCUUCCCACCUCCAGUCCCAGUAUUGGAGGAGACAAGCGAAGCGGCCUCAAACUGGGCUCCUCGCCUCCUCCGGACAAAGGAUUCCUCGAUGCAUCCUAUCGCAGAAGUCUUUUCACAUUUCUGGGCGACAUCAUCGCGCUCAUGCCCACUUAGAUGGAAAUCCCAUCCCUCAGGAUCUGACAUUACGUUAA